CCAACCUUACAACAUCCUAAACCAGUACCACCACCGAUCCCAUUACCAUCAUCACCACCAAUUCCAGAUUCACAAACAUUUUCAAAUAAUCCAUAUAGUCAUCAUGAAACACCAUCUGGUAGUCAAUACCAAAGAUUUAGUUCACCACCUGCUGAUCAUCAUUCUCAUCAUCAUCAACAACAACAACAAGCUCCUCAACAAUUUUAUAAUCAACCGAUUGCCCCUCCUCAGUUUUGGAAUUCGGGGGCUCCUAAUCAACAUCCUGGUCUUGGACAACCUAAUGGAUUUCAAAACGCAUUUGGAGUUAAUGAUGUGACGGCUCAAAUGGGAAUGCAAUUCGGACAAUCAGCCAUGAGAGCAGGAUCAGAAUACGUAGAGAAAAAUCUUACAAGAUAUUUACCAUUGACUCAUUUAAAACAUUCUUUUAACGUUUCAAAUCUCUAUGUAUUCAACAAACUUAAAUUAAUUCUUUUUCCUUGGACUCAUAAACCUUGGUCUAGAUUAGUACAAAGAUCUGAAGUUUCAGGUCAGAUUGAAGGUUAUAAACCUCCAAGAGAAGAUAUCAAUUGUCCUGAUGCUUAUAUUCCUGUGAUGGCUUUAACUACUUAUAUUCUUUUAUCAGGAGCAGUAGCAGGUUCAAAAGGUAGAUUCGAUCCAGAAUUACUUUCGAUCGCUGCAUCCCAAGCUUUAGGAAUCAUUUUCUUAGAGUUUUGUUGUAUUAAAUUAGGUUGUUAUUUACUAAACAUAAGUGGGGAUGGAGCAGUAGUGGAUUUAGUGGCUUAUUCUGGUUACAAAUUCGUGGGGAUUAUCAUUAGUCUUUUGGCUUCUUUACUUGGUUUUAGAUCUUCGAUUUGUUGGGCGAUUUUCAUUUAUGUGUUUGGUUCGAAUGCUUUUUUCUUAUUACGAUCGUUGAGAUACGUGAUCUUACCUGAUCCAAGUGGUCAAGCUUUUGGUACUGCAUCUACUUCUACGGUUAAUGCAGGUCAAAAAUCAAAACGAAUUCAAUUCUUGUUUGCUAUUUCGGUUAGUCAAUUAGCUAGUAUGUGGUUAUUGAGUAGAGUUUAGAUUUUGGAUUUUUGGAUUUUGGAUUUUCUUUGGUAUUUUUCAAGGAAUGAAGAAAUUGCAUUCUUUUAAACAAACCAAAUCAAAUGAGUACUUUACUUGAAAAAAAUGACUUUUUUCUUACUUUUUUUUACUUGUGAUUUUUUUUGCAUGAUUUGUUGGAAUGAUCAAGUAACAAAAACAAGUUGAUAGAUAG